AUGCAAUCGGUAUCUUUCGAUUCUUCGUUUGAAAUAUGUACAGUUGAUGAUGAUGAAUAUUCCUCAUUCGGUGAGCAUAAGCAAGGACAGCCCGCGAGCGUGCGUGACCACCUCUUCUGGGAAAGCCGGUUGUACCAUAAGUCAUACUUUAAUAGAGAAAAAGAUAAUAACAAAUUCAAAUACUAUGAUAGCAGUAAUAUAUUCAUAUUUCUGUUGUUUAAUUGGGUCGGCAAGUGGUGUAGGUUCGUAUCCUUGGAUUAUGUUAAGCCAUAUAAAUUACACCCGCUGCCAGUUAAAGAUCAAAUCCUCUAUUGGCAGCCCAUAUUCUCCAAACGUGUAAGUGAUGGAAUUGUAAGGCUGGAAUCUAAGAAAUCAAAGAAGAAGAAAAAGAAUUCAAGACCGUACAAGUCCAUCCUUCUACGAGCUUUAUUCCUAACCUUCUUCAAAAGAACGUUCUUCGGCCUAUUUGGUAUUAUGGCUAUAAACGUGUUUAGCAUGAGUAUCGCAAUUGUUGUUAAUAUUUACUUGAGAAAGUUAAUUAAAGAAAAGUUUGAUUUUACAAAAUGUUCACUGUUUGUUCUUGCAAUAACAUCAAUGCAGUUUAUAGAUGGUUUUUGUUUCGACCAUCUAUUGUUUUACAUGUAUAGACUUGUUCACAUUGUACACUAUUGUGUUUCAAUCACUGUAUUUCAACACGGCCUGUGUUACAGGAGAAGUUUCUUUAACAAUGUCAAAGGAGCCAACGUUUUAAAUGUCUGUAAUAGCGUGUUACAUAGUUGUUCGCCAGAUUCCAAAUGCUCCGAAAACCCAUUGUACUGUCCCGCCAGGCGUUUUCAAAACAGUGAUAUCACUCCUAGGAUGUUUUCAUAUGAAUUUAUUGAUUCUUAUUAUAUUUCGCUCUUCUUCGACUCACUAAUUUCCAUAAUUCAAUUUUUGACAAAUUGUAUUUACGGCUUUCUUCUAAUUAAAUUUUACAUAUCUUUGAGAAUUUUUCUUUUAUCAAUGGCGGUUGUUGUCUUCAUUUCUUCGACUUUGAUCCUAGAGGUUAUUAACACCAUCAUUUUGAAAUACAUUUACUCCUUCAAGGACUAUAGAAUCACCCAGUGCAGGGACAUAAUUUGUUCCUUCUUCAUUAUUGUUAAAAUGUCAAUGGAGUCGAUCGCACAUAAUAUUAUAACUGAGACCAGAAAUGCAGAACUGAGUUUAAUUGUUUUAAGAUUGUUUUUGUCAUUUGCUAACAAGAUAUUUUUCACGUUAUCUGUGGCAAUGAUGUUUUUGUUUAUACUCAACGAUUUUGUUGAUGAUUUAAAAAAAACAAAUGACAUGUCGGAAAUUAACGCUGUGGGUAUUUUGACCAUGCUUUAUAUAUUGUUAAAGAUUAUUUUCUCAAUAUCGCUAUUUCCAUACGGGGUGAAGCAGAUGUUCACUUCGAUCAUUUCACUGAGUAGAAUUGGGGAGUUUAUAGUUAACUGUUCUCCCAACUUUUACAUUUGUGAUAAUAAAUUCACCGGCUCGACCGAAAUGUCAACUGACUUGGUCAAUUCCGCUGGUGAGCUUGACAAGGAUGUCGUAGUAUUAUAUAAGGAUGCGUCAUUCACAUGGGUACAUAAUAGGAAGGAUCUUGAGAGUUUAAAAUUCCAACCCUAUCUAAAAAACAUUAACUUUCAGCUUAAGAGGGGUGAAAUCGCAAUAAUUACUGGACCUCAGGGUUGUGGUAAAUCUAAUUUCAUCAAAUCAGUUCUUGGUGAAAUGACACUGAUUGAGGGCUCAAUGGCUGUGGUUCCUCUUCACACAUCAAUGCCUAUAUUCUAUGCGUCACAAGAUAUAUGGCUUCAACAAGGAACCAUUAGAUCAAAUAUAACCUUCGGGCAUAGGUUUGAUGAGGUCUUAUAUAAUGAUGUUCUAAAAGCAGUUGAACUGGAGACUGACAUAUCAUCAUGGGAUAAAGGCGAUUUAAGAGUAGUAUCUAAUUACGCCUAUUGUCUAAGUGGAGGUCAGAGGGUUAGGAUGGAAAUGGCGAGAGCUAUAUACGCCUAUCUCGUAUUCAGUAAGGUUAACAAGCAGUAUAGUAGAAACCAGUGCACCUUCCUAAUGUGUUUGGAUUCACCAUUCCAUGGGCUAGAUCCCUAUGUAUCUAGAACUGUAUUCAACAACUUGUUCAACCUGAGGAACGGUUUGCUUGUUAAAGACGACCUGUCUGUUAUAAUGUCAUCGUCAUUGUUGGAAAUUGAUAAAUGUAUUAGAACUUCGGGGCUAAAAGCGUUUCCGAAUAUCCCAAUAUACAAUAUUUAUAAUCUCACCAUGACACUGUACCACGACCUUAUGUCAUAUGCUGAAAUUGUAAAUGAUUCAUUUGACAAGUCGGCAUCCAAUAUAACUAAGACUACUAAAUCGCCAAUAGACUCUGAGUCUGACCCUACACUUUUCUCAUUCAGACACUUGAUUGAAAAGGCGUGUGAAGAAAACUAUGAUAGUGGGAAUAGGCAUAACUUAACAAUAACCAGCUAUAACAGAACUGAGUCAACUAUCAAUUCGACUUCAACCACUGGAUUUAAACCCUAUAUGAUUUACUUUUCAGCGGCAGGUGCGUUCUUUGUAUUUUUCCUUACUCUGACCCUUGCAGCCACAAUCAUGGAUAAUAUAAAGUUCAUAUUCGCAUCAGAGUUGGCAGACUAUAUUAGGGAACGAGUUGAAUUUAAAGGUUCACCGUACGAAAUGAUGAAUAGAUUUGUAGAUAUUCAGACACAUAGCGAUAAGUCACUGAAGGCAAUAAGUCUAUUCACAAUUUGUGUGAUUGUAGUAUGCUUUGCUGGGAACAUCUUUUUGGUGAUUUCUUGCGUGAAAUCAUCUAGGAAAAUCCACGAGUAUUGCAUUAAUUCAAUAUUUACAAACAGCUCCUCAGUUGUUAAGAUAAAAAGGAAAAUCAGCCAGCUGAUAACAUACUUGUCAUCGGACAUUUUUCAAAUUGAUGAAAGUAUCGGAUAUGCCAUGUCAACAGCACUCGUCUCACUGGUUGAGUCCUUUAUCCACGUUUUAACAUUGUGCUACUUGAUUCCGCUGUCUACUCCCGUUAUUGUGUUUGUCGUUUUUGUCAUAAUCAGGUUCAUUUUUAUACGUUAUGUUAACGCUUCCAAGAACCUUCAGCUCUCAUCUCUAGAGUCUACAGCUCAUAUCAACUCGGUUUGCGAGAACGCUAUUUCAGGCUCCGAGGCUCACAGGUGUUUCAAGAAAGAGUGGAAGUUUAUGGACGAUAUCAUAGAGCACACCGACUACUAUAUGCGUUGUUUGUUUCUGAAUAAAUCAGUUCUGACCAGGUCUUCGAUAAUAUCCAAAGGGUUGUUUUCGUUAAUAAACCUUGUUUUGUUAAUACCUUUAAUAAGGUUCAGGUUCUUCGAGGUCAAACUCCAAGUUGGUAUUUACGGCUUGGCGAUUUCAAUUAGUAUGAUUGUCAGUUACGCUUUUACCAACUUUAUGAUGUCCUUUGGAAGGCUUGAGGUUUUAAUGUGUUCAAUGAAACGGUUUGAGAGUUUUGUGCCUUUAAAUACAAAGUGUAGGUUUGAAAAGAAGCGUAAUCUUAGGAAGGAAGAUUUCAUUAUUAAGUAUUCUAAGGAUUCUGUCGACAUGAAGCUCAACAACGAGUUUAAAUUUUCUAUUUUCAAGAGAAGGAUUAAGGAAUAUAAGCGCAAUAAGUCUUGUUGUCCUUCACUUGACAUUAUUUUACAUCCUCCCAAAAUAGUUGUGUUGGAUAUUUCAAAGUUCCUUCCAAUUAAUCAUUCGGGUUUGGAAAUUAGAAAGUUGUUUGUUGAUGCUUCUGAGCCCAAUUCCAGGAUUCCUAACCACAUUUUGAAAGACAUAAACGCCUCUGCUUCAGCUUCGGACAUCAUUGGUAUCAUUGGGAGAACUGGAUCAGGUAAAACUACUCUACUGUCUGUCAUUCAGAACAGUGCAUCCAACAGAACAGGUCAAGUAUUGUUGGAUGGCGUUGAUUUAAAAGACAUUCCCAAGCAUGUUUUGGGUCAGAUUAUCGGUGUUCUACCCCAACUACCAUUUGUUUUCAAAGGUUGGACCAUCAGAAGGUUCUUGGAUCCAAGGAAACUGUUUAGUGAUGAUGAAAUUAAUGAAGCUCUGGACAAUUGUGGUCUUCUUGAGUUUGUUAAUCGCCUACCAGGAAACUUAAAGCUUGACACUGUUAUUAUCAAGGAAUCAUUCAAUCUUACUAAAACUAGUGUUAAAAAUAAAGAACAGGUUGUGAGUAAAAAACGACCCAGUACCUACAGGAGGUCUUUGACUGCCAAUGACCUUAAAAACUACUAUGCUGAUAGUGGUAUGAUUUUAUCCAGCAGCCAACUGAGGACCCUGUCCUUUGCGAGGCUAGUUUUAUACAAGAAGUUUUAUAGAAUUAUACUCGUUGACGAGCCACCAUCUGAAAACUGUUCUGAAAAUGAUGGCCAGGAGGAGUCACUUGACAAAGAAAUUGGUAUUCCGAUUUACGAACUUCUGAAGGAUCAUUUCUGUCAUUGCACUACUUUCGUAACUGCACAUGAUGCCAACGCGCUUGUUUUAUGCACUUCCGUAUGGGUUAUGCACAACGGUUUUCUUAUUCGUAUUUGUGAUAGGGAGGAUAUAUCCCUAAAUGAGUCAAUCUCUAACAUAAUUGAAGAAAGCGUUAGGAGGAAGAGCUUGAAUAAAUAA